CGGUACACCACAUCACCGUCAUCUACAAUUAUGCAUAUAUAUGAUCCACCCACCCACCAUUUCAUGAUCAAAUACAAAAGGAAGUUUGUGGAGCAUUUGUAUAAACAUAAUCUGUUUGUGUAAAUGCGCAAGUGACUUUGGAAAACUUUUCUAAGAAACAGGUGGAGUGGAAGUUACCUGUUUGUAUAAAUGCCCAAGUGACUUCUGUGUCCUUCCUGUGAGCUUAAUUCUGAGUUACUUCCAUUGAAGAUUGUUCGUACGUUCAAGCAAAACUGGCGAAAAAACAAGGGGCGCAACCACCACGAGCACUUUACUAGUUAUUCCUAGAAGAUGAUCUACCCUUGAGAGCAGAAAGCAUCAGAACAGCAAAAAACGGGUGUAAUGAGGUUGAAAUCUUCGAGCAACUUGCGUGCACUCCAAUUUAUGAGAACAAAGGAAUACAAAUUUACAUACUUGUAUUAAGCCAAUAUACCCUUCUAUUAAAGCAAAGCAGACCAAGCAACUAAAUAUGGUUCAGGACUUUCGUCGAGCAACUUGCGUGCACUCCAAAAAACCCAACUCUUUGAAUACAAAUUGACUAAAUGAUUCCUAUGUUUUGGAUCAUUCUCCAAUCCGAUUUUGAUCAGGUAGGUCUCAUAACAUGAUUUAAUCGGAAUAAUUUAAGCAAAAAAAAUCCUUCAAGAGAACAAUCGAUUGUAGUAACAAUUGCAGAUGUGAGAUACGAACGAGUGACAAUAGGCAUCUGUUUGUACCAAUCCUCUUUAACCCUGAUUUCUUCAAGAAAAAAUAAAUCAAUUAACCAAAAUUUCAACAGCUUCAAAUCUCAAAAAUCAGCAAUUUGGUGUAGAUAAGAACUUGAGGCAAUCUGGAUUUAUAAAUUGCAACGGGCGUAAUGUCGAUUUUUUGUGAUUGCGUCUAUAAUUCUACAAGAUAGGGGAAUGUUAUCAGGAAGAAAAGCAUAUGCGGAUCGGAGUGAAAGUGAUGAACAGAUUUGACGGACCAAUCACAUUCGUUUUGCACCUUCUCUCUCUUCUCGCCAGCACAGCGACGAGUCUCCGGUGGCGAGCCCCCUAGCGAGCACUAGGGGGCGGUGUUCUCUUUGUGUUAGCGAGCGUAGCGACCCCACUCCGUUCAGCCUAAGUAACCCAAAAAGCAAAUUGAAUAUUUAAUUAUUAUUUGUCAUUUUAUGAUUGUAACACUUACUAAUUGUUGGAGAUCCAGAAUUUCGAAUAUCUCAAAAUUUUGAUGCCAAACCCAUAUCCAAAAAUUUGAUGCCAAACCCAUAUCCAAAAUUUUGAGAGUGAAAUUUCAACAGAUAACAUUUUGUCAUUUUGUCUUUACAUAACCUAAUCCAAUUAUUGGUUUUAUAUAAUUGGCAUCAUUUUAUAAAUCAACAAACUUGCACCAUUAUGAUACCAGGUCUGGUACCAUAUUUUUCGUUACUUUUUAUCUGUCACUUCAGUGACACGUCAGCCAGUGAAUUAUUGGAGAUUACAAAUUUACAAUCCACCGCAUUGGCUUCAUUUUGCGGUGAAAGAAUCAAGGGUUUAGUGUUCACCGUAGCCACAUAAGCCAGACAACCAUGCCUCAUAGCCAUUUUAGGGAUUACAAUUUACAAUCUAAUCCAACAAAUUUGAACCAAUCAUCAUUGUAAACUCGAAAUACAUAUAAAGAAAGAAAAAAAAUACAAAUAUACAAUUAUUUAAUAUGUUGUGUAAAUAAUUACGAAAUAUAUAAUUGGGAUAAUAUGGAUUUAUGAUAUUUAAAAAAAAAAAACAUAGUUAUGGAGGUUGGGCCGUUUAGUGGACCAUAGCAUGCACGAGGACAUAUUUGAUUAGGUCGAUAGAUGUCGACAGAUCACUAUUUACCUGUUAUUUUGUUUUCUUUUAAAUCCAUGGUCUAAAACCUCCCUUCCAUGAAAGUGACUCUUUUGAUGUCAACACAGCCUUUCAAAUUGAUCACGAGUCCUCUUAAUAAUUCAUCACCAUUGAUUCACUGCACCCCUUUGCAAUAAUUUGUGGCAUAUAUAUACUACAUAAGUUCUGGUAUCAUCAUAUCAUUUCUUUACACAACUCUUGUUAAAAUAUCCAAAAUGAAAAAAUCCCACUUUGAGUUCAAAAUAUUCGGAACAUGUCAAAAAAUAACUGAUGGUAUACAGCCUGAAAAAAUGGUUCAAUUUUCUUCGUUUUUGAAUGGAAUAACGAGAAAUAUUACAACAAAAAACGUGAAGAAACGGAGGAUUAAUUUUGGAAGAGAAGCUACUAAUGCUUUAGCCAAGGAAGCAAGAAAAAAUGGUUUAUUAUUGACUUCUCCCGGUAGCGUUUGUGCAAAUGGAUCGAGUAAUUAUGUGUCCGCUUAUUCUAAGGGCGGGAAUAAGGGAAUCAAUCAAGAUUCCUUCAUCGUGUGGGAGUCGUUUGGAGGGAAGGAAGGCGUGAUGUUUUGUGGUGUUUUUGACGGGCAUGGUCCGUGGGGGCAUCUUGUUGGAAAACGAGUGAAGAAAGUAAUGCCGGCUUAUUUGCUUCACUUUUGGCAAGAAGCUUGUGCUCAAUAUUCGGUGGAUUCGUUAAAAAAUUCAAAUUUUGAUCAAUUUGUGAUCGAUUCGUUUUUUAGUGGUGCUGCUGCCGUGACUAUAAUCCGAGAGGGGGAUCUUCUUGUGUUAGCAAAUGUUGGUGAUUGUCGAGCGGUUCUUGGAACAACUCAAGACGAUGGUAGCUUGGUUGCCGUUCAACUAACUGUAGACUUUAAACCAAAUUUACCUCAGGAAAGUGAAAGGAUAUAUAAGGCGGGAGGGAGUGUGUGUGAAUCAGAGGAUGAACCGGGAGUCUCGAGGAUUCGUGCUUCAAAUGACGAGACAUCCGAAGGUCCAGGACUCGCGCUUUCAAGGGCUUUUGGUGACUAUUUUGUUAAAGACUUUGGUCUUAUUUCUGAGCCAGACGUGAUACAAACAACAAUAACCGCACGAGAUCGCUUUGUCAUUUUGGCGACCGAUGGGGUAUGGGACGUUGUCUCAAACGAAAAGGCAGUUGAGAUCGUUUCAUCAGCAUCAGAAAAGGAUGAAUCAUCAAGAAGACUCGUUGAUUACGCAUCCAAUCAAUGGAAGAGGCAAAGACCAGGUUUUUGCACCGAUGACAUCUCAGCUGUGUGUCUGUUUUUCCACAAUUCAUCAUCUUCUCAACAGAAAGAAUCUGAUUAGAUAAAAACAUUAAUGUCGCAUAUAUAUGGUCAGCAAGUUCUUAUUGCUGUUGUUUUUCAAUUUAAUAAAGUGUUUAUUUAGCAUCUUGGCUCAGUAACUGGAGCAAAAGGUAUAU